AGCUCACUCAUCAAUUUAUCAAACUUCACAAGAACUAAACCAAAAAAAUGACUUGGCUCAAUACCCUAGCAAGCUGUGGGAUGGCCAUAGGUCCACCUCUGGUUUAUUUAGAUCAAUACGUUUCUAUACUCAAAAAACGUAAUUCAGAUGGAUUCUCCAGAGAAAUCUGUGGUGUACUUUUAAUCUCUAAUAUUACAAGAAUCUUUUAUUGGUUAGGAGAAAGAUUUGAAAUUGGAUUAUUAAUUCAAUCAAUCUUAAUGAUUUUAGCACAACUUGGAUUACUUCAAAUUUGUCUAAGAUAUGCAACUAAUCCAUCUCCAACAACAACAACAUCGAGAUCAAGAUCUAGAGAAAACAAUUUAGGAUCUCCAUCAUUAGAACAACAAUCACUUAUACGAAAUGAAUCGAUACCAGAAGACCUUCCAAGUCCGAUUGGCAUCAGUAAUCUAGCCUCAACCGCAGAAGAGAUGCCAGAACCUAUCUCAAGUUCAUCAUCCCAAGAAUCGAUUCGAACCAAGUAUUGUUGUAAUCUUUGGAAUUGGAGUUCGUUUGGAUUACACUGUGAAUUCCUUGCAGUCUUGGUCCUCGUCCACGUGAUCUUCUUUUUGAUUUUACACAACUAUCGUUGGUAUGUUGAGACUACUGGUUAUAUUGCCUUAGGUUUGGAAAGUACGUUACCUAUCCCACAACUCAUCACCAAUUAUCAACGUAAAUCACUCGUAGGAUUUCGAACAUCUGUCUUAUUAGGUUGGUUAGUAGGAGACGGCUUCAAAACCAUAUACUUUUUUCUUCAACCCAACAAUAGUCUUCAAUUCAAAGUAUGUGCAGUCUUUCAACUUUCGAUUGAUUUCUUAAUCCUUUUUCAAGCUUUGAUUUAUCGAAACCAAACUAAAAGAGAUCUAGAACUCAAUUAAACAUUUUAUCAACAUCAAACCAUCAUCAUCCUUGUUGUAAAAAAACAAAAUUCGAUUGCUUCAAAAAUCACUUUCAGAUCAAUUUACAAUCUAUAUCUUGAUUUUCAUAUCAUCAUAGACCACAUCACAUAUUUGUAUUCUUAAAAACUUGAUUCAUUCUGCAGUUUCUUUAUUUUUCUGAUAUUCUUACAUAUAUUGUUCUAUAUAGGCUAAGGCUGAAGGGGGGUUUUCAAGGUGGCAGUGUAGAUGAAUGUGUCAAUAUGAUCUUUGUUCAUCUUU